AUGAACGUGCUGCGGCUGGUGUGUCGCUACAAGACGUCCCUGGGCCUGGUGGUGCUGGCCCUCUUUGGCAUGGUGCUGGUGUACCUAGCCAAAUGUACCUCAGAGAACAUGAAGCCUGUGGGCCCUAGGGGGCUUCCCCAUCAGCAAGCUCAGCAACACCCCAAUCACCGCCUGCCACUCCCCCGGGGGUUUGGUGAGCCGCCACCUGAGAAGAGCGCCAGCGUUUUCCUCGUCGUGCUGAUCACCAGUGGCCCCAAGUACACCGAGCGGAGGAGCAUCAUCCGCAGCACCUGGCUUUCAGCGGCCUCCCGUGGGGGCGGGGAGGAGGGUGGCGAUCUGUGGUGCCGCUUUGUCAUUGGGACAGCAGGGUUGGGGGAGGACGAAGCCGCUUCCUUGGAGAUGGAGCAGCGCCGUCACGGUGACCUCCUGCUCCUGCCUGAGCUCAGGGAUUCCUACGACAACCUGACGGCCAAAUUGCUGCUCAUGUACGUGUGGCUCGACCGCCAUGUUGACUACAAGUUCGUGCUGAAGUCAGAUGACGACACCUUCGCCCGCUUGGAUGUCUUGCUGGAGGAGCUGAGGAAUAAAGAGCCACACCGCCUCUACUGGGGCUUCUUCUCAGGUCGCGGGAGAGUCAAGUCUGCUGGGAAGUGGAAGGAGAGCGCCUGGGUGCUGUGUGACUAUUACCUGCCCUAUGCUUUGGGCGGGGGGUACGUGCUCUCCUGGGACUUGGUCCACUAUCUAACCAUCAACAAAGAUUACUUGGCCCAUUGGCAGAGCGAAGACGUGUCCCUGGGGGCCUGGCUGGCUCCUGUGGAUAUCAAGAGGGUCCACGACACCCGAUUUGACACCGAAUACAAGUCCAGAGGCUGCAAUAAUAAAUAUAUUGUCACCCACAAGCAGAGCAUUGAAGAUAUGUUGGAGAAGCACCAAACUCUGGCCAAAGAUGGCAAACUAUGCAAAGAGGAGGUCAAGCUGAGGUUAUCUUAUAUCUACGACUGGGGGGUGCCCCCAUCACAGUGCUGCCAGCGCAAAGAUGGCAUCCCAUGA